UGGGCACAGAUCUGAGCUGUAAUUAAAGCUGACCAAUCAGGCAAAAUGCUCUCACGGGCUGACAGGCGAAGAUGUCGGUGGCAGGGACGGAGGGUGACGGCGGGACACUCCGGCUGAUAUACACGUACGGGACCCUGAAGAAGGGUUUUCCCAACCACCCUCUGCUGGAGGACCUAAUAGGCACGAAAGACGCCGUUUUCAUGGGAAGCUGCGAGACCAGAGAGCGAUACCCCCUCGUGUGCGGGCUGUACGGCGUGCCCUAUCUGAUUCACCUGCCCGGGUCGGGUCACCACAUCAAGGGAGAGCUGUACGGAGUGACCAGGCGAGGGCUGACCCAACUGGAUGAGCUAGAAGGAGUGAGGAUGAGGCAUUACGAGCGCCGCCCAAUCCGAGUGGCGAUGGAGGGAUCGGCGGAGGAGGCGGAGGCGGAGGCGUAUUUCGCGCACAGAAGCUACGGCGAAGGGCUGUGGAAGAAGAGAGGAGAAGCCGGGAUGAAGGAGUACGGAUCGGAGAAUGCGUUGGAUUACGUGAAGUCAGAGCAGAGGACGAAGGACAAGAGCCUUGUUGAAGAGCUGUUUGAGUUUGUGGGUUCAGUCCCAGCUGGCGUUGGUGAUUAAAUUUGAGAGAAAUGAUAAGAUGAAAUUGAUUAUGCAAUAAUCAUGGAAUUAUUAUUA